AUCAUUCAUCAUUAUUCAAUAUCANUAAUCAAUAGAAUCCAAUUUAAAGAAACUUAAGUUUUAUUUGAGAAAGUAAAAGAUGAGGAUUUAAAUUUUAUUUACUAUUAGUAUAUAAAUUUUAUUGUUUAAGUGCGUAAUAAAAAGAAAAAUAUCUUUAAUUUUAAAUAAUGAAAAAUAUCCAAUUGGUAUUUAUAGUUGUCUUAUUUGGCAUUGUGGCUGCAGAUAUUACCGUCAAUAAAGAAAAAAGAUGCUCAUGUCCAUCAUUUAUCAAGUCAGAGUGUGAUAAAUGGUAUGAUUGUAAGUGGAGCGAAACAUCUUGCUAAGAAAAAGAAUGCAAAGAUUACACAACAGAAGAUAAAUGUUCAGGAGAUUGUUAAUGGAAGGGUGGAAAAUGCAUUGAUGAAAAGAAAGAGUGUGAAGAUAUGCCAAAUGAAGAAAGCUGUUCAAAUUUUGCUGGAUGUGGUUGGAAAGACAAUAAAUGCAUUGAGUUUACUUAAUGUUCAGAUUUUAUUGUAUCCAAGGCUGAAAGAUGCAAUGUUUUGAGAGGUGAAAAUGAUGAAAGAUGUUAAGCUAAAGGAGUUAGUGUAACAACUCUAAGAUAAAAACAUUUAGUUGUGGCUACUGGAUUUUAAUGUGAAAAUAAAGUAUAUGUUAAUUGUUCUAAAUUUGUGACUGAAGCUACAUGUAAAGGAGAGGCAACUGCAACUGCCAAAUGUUAAUGGAAAAGUGAUGGUAAAUGUUAUGCAUUUGAAUUGAAGACAUGUAGAGAUGCUGAUGGAUUUAAUUCAAUGUGUGAUCCUAAAUAUUGUAAAAAAGAUGGAUAACAAUGUGUAAAUAGAUCCUGUUCUGAUUUAACAACUUAAGCUCUAUGCACAUCUAUACCAAAAAUUGAUAAUAAUAAAGCAAUAUUAUGUAAAUGGGGUGCUGAUAAUAAAUGUACAAAUGCAAUCGAUACAACUCAUUUGAAUGAAUAGACAUGUAAUGAUGUUACUUUUGGUUCUUAUCAUUGGGUCACAAAUACCUGUCAAUAAUGUGCUUCCAAUUGGAUUCUAUCAAUCGUGUCAUUAAUUAUCUUGGUUGCCUUUAUUUGAAUGAUCAUUCAUCAUUAUUCAAUAUCAAU